AAAUUCGUAGCACCCGCCAUUCGCUUCCUUCAUUUCACACUUUGUUUCCCUCUCCUCUGUUUCUCUCUCUCUCUUCAUUUUUGAUUUGUGAGUGGAGAGCACUGUGUUCUCCUACUGCUACAACGAAAGCGAUUAAUCAGAUUCAUUUUGAGGGUUCAAUCGAGGUAAAUCUGGAGCAAUCCAUUGCCAAAAGGUUUUUUUAUCUUCGAGAAAAAUUUUGUGAAGCUUCUAAGGAGAAGCUGCCUCGUUUACAACUCUGGCCGACACCGAAGUGAUUUCGUCUCAAUCGCUCUGUAGUAUUGGUCCUUUUCGUGGAUUUUCUGGUCCAUGGGCGUCGUUCGAUUGCUGUUUUCUGCUGGUUCGACGUCUUCCAAUCGAUUACGGCUAAUGUCAAUCCGAUCAUUCUUGUUUUGAAAACAAAACUGUAUUGAUCUAUCAACAUCGUUAGCGAUGUGAGCAUUGGAGCCAUUAAUUAAAGAAAAGUGUUGAUAGGGCCAGGCGGAAGGAAUAGUUCGUGGGAAAAGGAUACUAACAAGAACCGAAACGUAGAACUAUCAUUCCGAUCUGUAGAGAUAUUUUUAUUAUUUAUCUUUCUAAAAUUGAACAUAUGGCAAAAUUCAAUUGCUUCUCCGUUCGAUCAGGGAAGAAGAAGAAAACCAAGGAUGGUUUAGAAUCGCAAAUGCCUGCUGAAUUGAAUAGUUUGACGAAGACCUUGCAAGUCAGUAUCCAUCACACUGAGGAAUCUUUUCAAGAUGGAGAAGCGAAGUCAUCGACCAUGGACGUUGCAAUUCUGUACCCAUCUGAGAAUAAUUCUAAGCUGGAUGUUAAGGUAACGAACAAUGAGAAUCCUGUAGGAGGAGGAGGAGGAGCAGUAGAAGCUGCAUAUGAAGGGGAAGAUGAGCGUGACGACAACUCCAUCAAGAGGAACCUUUCUGACUUUGAUCUCGCUGCUCAAGACACCAGUGGAGAAGAAUUCGAGUUUCGAUUUUCUACUUCGUUGGAAAAACAAUUUGAUAAUACCGUCGUUGAAGGUGGAGAAGGGGCUGAUGCGAUCCAAACUGGACAUGUUAGUGAUCCUGGAAUUGGUAAGGCAGUAUGUUGGGCAUCGCCUAAACUUAAACGCUCCUGCUCUAAUCUGGAAACCAGGGAUGUGCUUAGAGAUCUAUCUCAUCAGAUGCCCCCUUCAAAGUCUCAGUCUUUUGAGAAACUGCAAGAAUUGGCUGACAAAAUGUGGAACUAUGUCGAGCCGGGCAGUCCGGAAUCUAUUAUGACCCAUCGCAGUGCUGAUAAAGUGAUGUUGAAGAAGCGUUCUUCAAGCCAGAUUCUGCCUUCCAGAAGUCGAAGGUUGUGGUGGAAGUUGUUCCUGUGGAGCCAUAGAAACCUGCAAAAGCCGUGGACUGCCAAGGCUGCUGCUCCUACUAGCUCUGCUUUCAACCAGCAAGGCGGGUAUUGUUCGGAUAAUCUUGAGCCGAACAGAGCUGUGGGGAAAAGUAUGAUGGAAUCGCCAGGAUCAUAUGCAGAGGAAACCUGGACCAAUGACCCGAAUAACAGUAAAGUUGAGGAUCAGAAUCAGGAGAGCUUGUGUAAUGGAGUCUCUGGUUUGUGGCCACAAAACCAGUGGGUUGCAUUUUCAGCAGAAUCAUCUUCCCUAAGAAGAGUGGAUGAGUGGGUGAAGGAUCUUCAAAUUGAGCCAUGUCUUUCGAUCGACAACAUUAGAGAUGACAACGAUGAAGAUACUUUCUCUCUGCCAUAUCCCGAGAGAACUGCAAGUCACACAGCUCGACGUGGAGAACUCAAUCUUACAGAAGAGAUUUUGCACGCUAAUAGCGUCAUCCAAUCUCUGAAUUCUUCCUCGACCGUGGCUCACAUCUCUGGUAUUGGCUUAAAAGCCAUACCCACAAUCUCACACCUAUCCGGUCUUAGAUCCGUCAAUUUGUCCGGCAACCUCAUAGUUCACAUCAACUCUGGAUCACUGCCCAAGGGACUGCACACUCUUAACUUGUCCAGGAACAAGAUCAGCGCCAUUGAAGGACUCAAAGAAUUAACACGUCUUCGAAUCCUCGACCUGAGUUACAAUCGCAUUUCUCGCAUAGGACAUGGGCUGUCAAAUUGUGCGAUUAUCAAGGAACUUCAUCUCGCUGGCAACAAGAUUAGUGAUGUCGAGGGACUACAUCGACUCUUGAAGCUCACUGUACUCGACCUGAGCUUCAACAAGAUUUCAACAACCAAAGCUCUGGGCCAACUUGUAGCCAACUAUAACUCUCUUCAAGCUCUUAAUCUGUUGGGAAAUCCAAUUCAAAGCAACGUGAGUGAUGAGCAGCUUCGCAAGGCUGUUAUUGGCCUUCUUCCAAACCUUGUUUAUCUAAACAAGCAGGCCAUCAAAGCACAGAGAGCUCGAGAAGCAGUGACCGAUAGCAUUGCUAAAGCAGCACUAGGAGGGAACAGUAGUUGGAAUUCUCGCAGAAGAUCAUCAAGGAAAACAAGCCAGAUGAUUGCAUCGUCUUCCAUUAGUGGGCGGAGGAGCAGCACUGCAAGUGUUGCUGCUGCACACAAAGGCAGGCACAGAUCAAAAGCGCCAACCCCACGCCCUUCUUCUCUGGGGUUGGCUUCAUCUCGUUAACACUUUGCCCCUUCCGCUGAGAUACCACAACAACAUUCACCUUUUCUGUUCUGUUUUGUUUUGUGUUCUUCUAUUCUCACCUUUUCAGCCAUUUCAUAUUUUGUGUCCUGUUUUUCUCCUUCAUAGAACUACGUUUGUCUUGUGGUUUGUGAGUCCCUUUUUUCCUUUUUAGUGAUUUGAAGAUUGUUUUUCUUGAUGGAAUAAUCAUAUUACAUUGUGAUAUAAA